AGUAGGAAACGUGUUACAUUGAUAUUGAACACUUGAAUAAAAAUCACUGUUCGGUAUCUUGUUUUUCCACCGGAUUAACACUGAUACCGUAAAACAUUUCGUACAUCUGCCAAAGCAUACGUUCAUUCUUCGAAUAAUUUUGUCAGCUUCUGCUGAUGUUAAAUCUGUUUCAUUUGCAACAUCGAACAUACACGUCCUUCGAUGUCGUGCCGCGUUGCAAUCUGUUCUCGCAAUUCGCAUUUUCGUGUUGGUUGAAUUUUUUAUCAGUGUUCUCACUCUUAAAUCACCGAAGAAGAGCAAAAAAUAAGUCGAAGGUAGCGAAAUCCUUCGAGGCAGAAGCGAAACACCGUCGAGGGGAACCGCACGCAACAGUUCGCACGAGGACGAAUAAAAACUGAGCGAGAUGACUCACAUGCUUCUGCAAGAGCCCGGAUGGAAGAUCGAGCGCAAGGGUUCGGCGCUGCUGCUACGAAGGGACAGCUCGCACCUGAAGAGCGGCCGAGUCUGUUUCCGCUGCGACGUCGAAGUUCGCGAAUUCGAGCGUGACGAGGAUUACAUGGUCGAGGCGGAACCGGAGACAGCUGCCAGCCCGUUGGCGAUGUGUGCCAGUUGCCUGGCGGCUCUAUGCGUGACCGUGAUUCUCCCGUGGUUGCUGAUCGGCGGUUAAACACGCCUCGGCUCGUGAUCUCGUGGGGCUCGUUGGGGGGCGAUCGCGUGUACAGCGGAACGGAAGUCAUCCGACGAACCGUCGAGCAGAGUUCCUUAAGGAAUAGAUCUCUAUUGGACCACGAGAGACCUGAUGAUAAUGGAUCAAGUGGUCGAUACGAAUUCGUCGUUGGGGUUGGGGGUGUCAGCCUGGGAAUGAAUAAUUAAGUAGUAGUUCCUAAACGAUUUAAAAGAAGUAUUUGUGAUUUAUACGUCGCUGCGAGUAAGGGAGCGUUUUAUCGGGAGACGAGUCGUGGAUGUAAUAUUUUUCAAAGAGAGCUAUUGAUCCUAGCACUGAAAAAGUUUACGACCGGCUUUAUGCUUAUUCGCUGACCCGUGUCGGGUCUACGUUUCCACGUAGGAAAGUACGCGUUCCGAGACAAUGAAAAAAAAAAAAAAGGAAGAAGAACUCGGCUCGCUCGCGGUUCAAAUAGGUUUCGUGAAAGUCGGUAGAGAAAACUGCGGACUUUCUGCAUAGAUACGCGAGACGAGAGGAACAUCAAAGGCGGAACGGUAUAUUCGAGCGUGCAUUAAACCUCCUUACCAUUCGUUUGACGAUAUCGACGAAUCCUCUGGCCUCUGGAACGGAGGCGACCCUGUGCCAAACGAGAGAGGCAGAACUCGAAAUAUUCGCAAAAAACCUUUCGCGAUUCGCGGUCCGCUUGCUUUGCACACGCGUCUAUACAGAUACACUAGCGAACGUGCGCUAGCUGCGUCGCAUCGGCUUAAAAGCGAUGUACAUAUGUAUACAUUUUUCUACGUUUCAUCCCAUCGAUCGGUGCAUCCCGCUUGAACGAGGAAAUAUAAUGCAACGCGCGACCUUCUUUCCCAGCUUUGGUUCUCCGAACCAUAAUUGCACGGUCGAUCAAUUAAAUAUUUUACCCCGGACGAUCGGUAAGACCGGUAAAGUUCCCGACGCGAAAUCAGCAAAUGGAAAAGUUCCGCGGUGGAAAUCGACGGGCGUAUUGAGAAAUCGAGCGAAGUUUCGAGUUCGAAGGCCGUAGUCACAGACCGUUACUCGCUUAGAAGAUCCGGAUCGAAUAAAUUUCGGUAAGGGAAAUAACUUGGGAAAUCGCGAGUCGAGUUGCCUACUCACGAACGAUUUUUCCAAGUCGAACGUAGAAUAGAGUGAGUCACAAAUUUACAUCGGCCUGUUUGCUGUCUCAAGGAUUGUUUACAUCGAGGGAACCAAGUCGCUAGUCUAAAGAAAAGAAUGGAAGAGAGAAUGCGAGCGUGAAGAAACUCUGAUAACGUGAGAAUGAUUGAUUUCAGAGGUACACGUUCAGUGCACGUCUGAAGUAACAUGUAGACCUCUAUCGAACGAUUCCAAUCGAUCAAUGUAAAAUAAUAUUUGUUUAUGUUUCUAGUAAAAUUGUCUGAAUAAGUACA